GCAAAAUACUUGAAGAGUUUUAGCAAUUUCGUUCCUUAAUUCUUUUCCUUUGCUUCUUUUCUUCAAAAAGCACUUUAAAUCGGAAUUGGAAUCCCUUUGAAGAGCUGAGCGCUGGUAGCACACUGGCAAAGACGAGGGCUUUACUUUGUCAGCCAUGUGUUUCGGGAGCGCUGGCGCUUUCCCUAGAUCUUCUGGCUGAUAAUCUCAAACAUGGAGGAUGCUUCUGAUUCUUCACGAGGGGUUGCUCCAUUAAUUAAUAAUGUAGCUCUCCCAGGCUCUCCGCCGUCUCUUCCUGUAUCAGUGACAGGCUGUAAAAGUCAUCCAGUAGCCAAUAAAAAGGUAGAAGCGAGAAGCGCAAAGCUCCUCCCCGCGGCUCUUCCUCCUUCGGAGCCGAAAGUAGCUCAGAAACUUCCCAGGAGCGCGGAGAGGCGGGGAAGCGCCGGCGGGACGCGAUCCCCCCGUGCCGAGCCGGCCAGUGGCAGUGCGAGCGGCGGCGGCCCGGAGAGACUCCGGGGCGGGGCGGCCGGGCCCUCGUGGCGUUCCUCGUGGGAAGGUGCGGCGGCGGGCGGGCGCUCGCAGGUGAGGGGCUCGCCGGCCGGGGUCCCGGGGACCCGGGAACAAAGCGCCGCGGCGCCCGGGGAGAAUCCGUGA